ACGACUCGGAUGUGGAGGUCCGGUGGUCUCCUUCAUCAGCUGUCAGGAAGCCGACGCUGGACCACUUCCUGUUCCCAUCACUGCUACUUCCUGUCUUCAUCCUCAGAUGUUUCUCCUGAACUCAUCAUCAUCAUCGUCAGUAAAGUUUUUAUUUUCAGCUCUGGAUCUGUGAGCCGUAACCAGGCUGUUAUCAGCUGAAGCUGCUGUCUUUAUCAGCCGAAGCUUGAUUUAUCUGCAGCUGUUAUCUGAGACACUUCAGCUGUUUGAAUCAAAACAGACGCUUUAAAAACAAACUGAAGAGAUUAAACUCACAGACUGAAUGUUAGAAAACAUCAGCUUAUGUCAAACUAAACAAGAAAUGUUUUAUUUUAGUUUAGAGAUGAAAGUUUGACUUGUUGUUUCAGAAUAAUCUGUGACUCUUUCAGAUUAAAGCUUUUUGUUUUUAAACCCGCAGCUUUAACAAACAAAGGUUUAAUCUGCUGAAUAUUUAAGAUAAAAUGAAGGAUUUCCCACAAUG